AUGCUGAGUCGAAGUUUUGGGUUAGAAAAGCUUAAGAAUAAGGUUUCGGGGAGGCGGUCAUCAGAAUCAUCUUUGAUAGAUCUAGCGUCUUUUAAGUCGCAUGAGAAGCGAGAUGGAUCGCAUACCAUAAAUGCUAUUACGGAAGUUCUUAAGGGGCAUAAAGAUCACAGGGAAGGUAAUCAUCUUUCGCCUUCUCAGCUGAGUAGACUUCGUGCACAGUCUUUGUCUGUGUAUGGCCAUAACCAUCAGUCUAGAUCCAGGUCUCGAAGUGUGAACAAGAAACAGGCCAAAGAACUAAUUAAACAGGAAACUAAUCUAGUGAUUCUGAAAAAACUUUUGCAUGUACUUCAAGAUUUAGGAUUGCAGGUACCUAUUCCCUUGGAUACGUCGAACGGAACAUACACUAGCCAAAAGUCCAGGAACACCAAAGUUUACGUUUCAAAUACGAAUGACUGUAUUUACUUACCGCCAGCGUCAUCGGCAAGCUUUACUUACGAAGAUGUAGAAAAUGGUGGUAUUCCAAACUCAAACGAAUCUGCCGAGGAUGAAUCUGAUGAGGAGUCUGCAAUUUUAUCGGAUGAUGAGGAGUCUGCGAUAUCGCUGAGACCCAGUACUUUGAAUUUGCCAAACUUUUCUUGCGAGGAGCCAGUCUCUAGAUACUUGCGAAAGCAACUAAAAUCUUUUAAUUCACCUAAUUAUCUUUGCACCAAAAUUGAUGAGCAUACUCCUAUUCCCCAUUUAUUUGCUGUGAUUGUUGAAUUAAAGAAGGAGAUGGUUACCAAAGAUUUGAAGAUCGAGUUUCAGUCACUGACGAAUAUCUUAUGGCCAUCUGGUGAUCCGUAUAACAAAAACUUCUUGAAGGAAAAAUUUAGAAUUGGUAAAAUGGAAUGGCAAACCAGUUUUAAUGAUUGUGACUAUUAUAUCAACUUGUCUAAUUCAAACGACAUUAAAACGUCUAAUGUUACGCCUGAAAAAUUAGCUCAGAGAACAAGAAAUUAUCGUUUGGUUGGCUUAUGUGAUAUAGUAGACGAUACUACUGAUAGUUUUUCCAUCCACAGUGAAAGCUCUAGGAGGUCUUCAUUUAAUUCUGAAAGACAAUCUCACACGGCUUUAAAUAAUCCGGAAACCCAGAAACCUGGCUUUUACGUUUUCUUGUUACCAGUAAUCCUACCAGAACAUAUCCCAGCUACAAUUAAUUCUGUGAAUGGAAGUUUAAAUCAUAUUUUAAAGGUGAGUUUUAAUAAAAUUUCGGAUAAAAUUAUUCGGAAGACUAAAGUACAUGCUUCAUAUAAUUUGCCAAUGGCAAGAACUCCACCAUCUUUUGCCAAUUCGAUUGCCGAUAAGCCCAUAUAUGUGAAUAGAAUUUGGAACGAUUCUUUGCACUACGUCAUUACUUUUCCAAAGAAAUAUGUUUCCCUUGGUUCAGAACAUCUGAUUAAUGUCAAAUUGGUUCCAUUAGUGAAGGAUGUCGUAAUCAAAAGAAUCAAAUUCAAUGUUUUGGAACGUAUCACAUACGUGUCAAAGGAUCUUUCUAAAGAAUACGAUUAUGAUGGAAAUGACCCAUUUCAUCUUCACUCUCUGUCACUGGAUAGCAAACCUAGAGAGAGAAUUAUUCCAAUUUGUGAAUUGAAGACCAAACAUAAAUCCAAUGCAGCUUCUGGUCAAACGGAACCGUACAAGGAACAGGUAAUUAAGUGUCCUGAUAACAAUUUACUUUUCUCCUGCUAUGAGCCUGAGCUCGAUAAUUUUAAGUUGGAUUCAUCUCAUUACAACAAGUCGUACAAUGAUACAAAGAUAGCAACGCCCCUAGAUAUCAACGUUGCACUUCCUUUCUUGACAACAAAGGCAGAUAAGCAAGGAACACAUAUUUCUGAAGAUGAUCCGAUAUUCAGCUCAGCGAGUGGCUCAAGAAAGGCUUCUAUUUCUUCAAAUAGAAACAAUUCGGUUGGUGAUGCGAGCCACUCUGCUUUUCCUCCUUCGUCGCCAAUCAUCGGGGCUUUAGAAACUCAUUUAACCCACAGUCAUUAUGAUCACAAUAAUGCUAAUUUGGUGGAAUCUGAGGAAAUAAUUCCUUUAAGCCCUUCAUCUUUUAUGGCGGAGGAGACCCAUAAUGCUAAAGAAUGCAUUCAAGAUGGUUACACUUCUGUUCACAAAGCAUUGUAUCCUGACUCAAAUUAUAGACAUAUACAAAUUCAUCACCGAUUACAAGUCUGUUUCAGGAUAUCAAAACCCGAUCCAAAGGAUAACAACAAAAUGCAUCAUUAUGAAGUUGUUGUGGAUACUCCAUUGGUUUUAUUGAGCUCGAAAUGUAAUGAGGCUUCGAUCCAGUUGCCUAGCUAUGAUCAAAUUGAUGCACCGUUUAAUCCAGAACCCGAAUCUUCUCAAAGGGAACAUUCGGGUUUUCUGAGCAACGGUGUCUCCAUUUCAACCUUUAAUGAUAUGGAGGGUGAUCAUUUACCGUCCUUUGAAGAGGCGACGUCUCUCCCUUCAUCACCAAUAACUAGAUCCAUAUCUUUAGGCGAAUUCCCUUUGAGUAGACUGCCAUCUAUUUCGCUCCCAGCUGACCCGGCGCCAGCAUAUGAUGCUUCCCCAAACAAAUAUGAAGAGAUGAUGAACCCUUUGAAUAUUGAUGAGCUUGUUAACUAUCAAACAGUCAACGGAAAUUCUGCUAGACCAUCUAAGAUCAAGUUUUCUCUUUUUAAUGCUUUUGCGCCUCCUUCAAGGUCCAAUGAGGAUGGUUUUGAUGAUGCAGAUAGAGAUGCAGAAAAUGACAACGAGAGUGCUAAGUUACAGCAAGGUUCCACUGACAAUUUAUCCACUACACCAACAUCUCUGUCUAAUGGGGUCGGCUCUUCAAUUUCUAUUGGGGAACAAUCCACUGACGAAUCAGCUCUAUACUUGAACACUGCAGGCGGCAAUAUUCCAAAAUCAUCGAGCACUGGCUUAACUGUACCUGAUGUUGCUUCCUUGCAAGGCGAUGAAGAGUCUUUGCACGAGGAGGAUCCAUUAAAUAAAAAAUCUAUUUCUUCAUCAGCACAAAAGCAGGGGGUAGAACAACAAGCGGAUGAACAGAAUAGUAUCUACACACAAGAUACUGCUUACUUCUUUGACCAAAAAUCUCCUUUGUUAAACAACAACUACAGUAAUGAUAAUUUGUGCAAAACGAAGUCGAAUUUGAUCAAUCCUUCAAAUUACUCGCUAAAUGAUGUUAGCAAGGAGGAUUUAUUGACAUCCACUGAAUCAAACUCGAAUGAGUUGCAAAAUAUUCACCAUGCUUACAAGCUACCGAUGUAG